CUCCCUCAACGUUGUGCAUAUUUCUGAAUUCCUGCACUGUUUGUAGAGAUCUAAAGCAACAUUAGGAAAGCGCCAAGAUUUAAUAAUGAUCUGUAUACUGCUGGUUGCUGGUCACGGCACCGUCUUAGAGACUCAAAUUAAGGUAAGAAGCUUUUAAUGCUGCCGCGCCAAGAAGGUUAAUAAGAGGCAGUGCAAAGUUCAUGUGUGUUGUGAAGCGGUCAUACUUGUGCAGCCUGAACUGCCUUACAAAGGUAGUCUCUUUUCUGCUGUAAUCCCUGGCAUCUGGCUUGUUUAGCUGUUAGACCUGGAUCUAGCGACAAGGACGCUUAAUUAAUUAUCCGUUUUUAAGAUUUAAGAUUUCCAGCUCUUACUGGACAUAUCUGGUGUAGAUUUAAAGUCCCCGUGGGUAACUUUUAAUUAUUGACUGCCCCCCAUAGAGAAAAACAGUACAUCUCAUUUUCUUGUUGAUCUUGCCCUGUACUUGCUACAAGGCCAAAGAAUCAGACUCACAACAUAACUCCCCCCUGUAGUGAUCCCUGGUUUAGAUUAAAACGAUUAUGAAAUUAUAACAUUUUAUGCAACUCAUUUGCAUCUGUGUAUGUACCAUCAUUUAGAGACAUUAGUAUUCAUUUGAUUAUGUUUCAAACCAGCUGCAGUAUUUUUCAUUUUAACCUGUGGUUGAUGUGUGCUUGUCAGUGUUUGAUCUACAUAAUUUCCAAAAAGAAUAUAUAUACUGUAUAUAAAUAUAUUUGUGUCAGACAAAAAGGACAGUUCUCCACUUUGAUUUGAUUCAUUUAAAGUAAUUUUAGCUCCAGAGAAGUUUUCAGCAUUUCUUGAUCAUGUUACAGGGUAGAGUUGUUUCCAAAGAAACAUUUUUCACUCUUGAAAGUGAAUUUAGUCUGUCAUAACCUUUAUUAGAAUUGUGUUCAGACCAAAAAAGAUCAUUUUAAAUUUGUUUUAUACAUCAAUUGUGGUAUCUAUGAGCUACAACAUGAGGUCAAAAACCUGGUAUAAAAGUCCACCAUUUUAGCUUAGAGGACUUUUAAAGUCAUAAUAGUAGUUCUGGGGUAAUUUCAGCCAGUUGCUCAAGUGAGAAAAUAAAGGAGUCUGAUGAGAGGAUCAGAGUUUCACUUCAGAUUGUUGAAAUGUGUUACUUUUUCUUUACAAAAAUACAACUGUGAAUGUUCCUAAUCACUUAAAGGCAUUCUCAUGAUAAAAUGGCUUUUUACAAAACAGCUUUUUAACAGUUAUAUGUAAUAAUAAUAAAAAUAAUGAUUGUAUUUGUUAAAUAGCGUAUAAUAAAUAAAAAUACACAUGAAUGUGAAGAAGUGACUGUUAUUUAGGUAGAGGGAGGGCUGGGGUGGGUAGUAGGGAUACGGCUUAACUUACCCCAUUCCCCAUGGCAUACUAUAUUAUCAAGACAGGUAUAUUGACUUCAUUCUGUUGGUUUGCAGGGAUGCACAACAUCUUAAAAUAUAUGCAGAUUCACUAGUUAGAGACAAAACUAUGACUGGCUUGAUGUUGGGAUCUGAAGUCUGAAAAAUGGCUCAUCUUACCCCACUCUCCCCUAUAUGGUUUACUCCUUUUCAAACCCAGUAUGAUGACACAGGCUUGUACAGCCACCUGACUGGGGUACCAAAGGCUUUACUUCCUGGUGUUGGAGGAAAGAAGAUCCUCGACUUCUGGUGGGAAACUGUGAACAUGUAAGUAAUAGUAGCAAGUAAUCCUGGAGGGAACGUGCCUGUUUCUUAAUUCUCAGGUCAGAUGUGUACAAUGAUGUCUGCUUUGUUGUAGCGCUACUUCCCCCCUCUUAGUCAUUGACUUACAGUGUUGUUUUUCUUCAGGCGGCAGCUGUUCACAGAGGUGUAUCUAGUCACCAAUGCAGACAAGUGAGUCCUAACUCUAUUAUAAGUCCUUUGGUGCUGAAUCCAGUAGUCUUGCUUCAGUUUUCUUCUCCUGUGACACUGGUCAGGUACAAACACUACGAGCGCUGGGCUACAGCAAAUGACUUCCCAGUGGAGAAUGUGGUGAAUGACGGCAGCACCACUCUGGAGGACCGUCUAGGAGCUGUGUCUGACCUACAGUUAGUCAUACGCAGCCGCAAGCUGCAGGACGAUAUCAUGGUGGUGCGUUCAAUGACACCUCUAAUUUUGAUAUUGGCUGACAUUUGACUGGUUGUAUUUUAACAGAGUGCCUGAUACACAGUAUGGAUGUGUUUUGUACAGAUUGCAGGAGACAUGCUGUGUGCAGACCAGAACUUUGACAUCGCUCAAGUUAUCCGCUUCUUCAGAUCACAGGUGAGAUUUACUACAAGCAGAAAACCUGAGUGAGUACUUGUUGCAUACAGAAGUUAAAUAUAAUCACAUUUGUGGUCGUUUUUGUGUGGGGAGAAGGUGGUGUGUGACUCCCACUUAUCCUUUGCUGUGUUUGUUUUUUAGUCUGGAGAGCUGAUCAUUUACUACGAGCUGGAGGAGGGUGAGAAAAGCAGCUCUCGAGGCAUUGUGGAGGUUUGCCCCGACACCCACAGGUGAGGAGAAGAGUUAUUCCCUUUAUUCUGAUACCAAAGAGAGCAACAGGUUCUCAUAUUUUGUAUGUGCUGCUCUGUACUUUUAUUGGUGUUAAUCGUAAUUCUCUUUUUGGGGGGGGAUCAGGAUCAAUCGUUUCCUGGAGAAACCUAAGAAUGGGUUGACAUCAUCCCGUCUGGCCAGUGUGGUGUUUUACUGCAUCAGGAAAGACACGCUGUCCUACCUUUCUGACUUCCUCAACCUGAAUCCUCAGUCCACAAACAAGACCUUUGGAGAGCUCUGGGUUUGUUAAUGCUUAUAUACACCUACAGUAAAUUUAAAUUGGGACAUUCAAGCACCUGUUAUCAUUAUCAUAUUAUUAUCUCCUCAGGAGUGGCUUAUUAAUGUGAAGCAGCUGGACGUGUUUGGAAUGAAGCUUCCCACUGGCUUCCAGCUCAUUGGACAAGUGGUUUGUGUUAAUAACUUUGCAUUUUUUAAAAUGUUUUUCAUUCCCUUUAAAUUUUCUGCACAGUCGAGUCGCCCUCUGCUGGCCAGAGAAGACUGUGAAGUAUAUCCAGCUUUUUAUGAAGAUUGGAUCUGAAUUUUUUUUAAAGUGUAUUUUUUCCUUUUCUCUAUCAACAUGCCUCCUUUCAACAUCUCAGGGUCUGUCAGACUACACAAAGUGGCUCACCCACUACUCCACCAAGCAGCAAGACAACCCUGCCAAACCAAUCACAUGCCGAUCAUACGCUCGGUAAGAAAACAGACUGCUCUCUCUCUCUUUGGUCUGAAUUUGGCUCAGGUCACCUCUUCAAAAUAAGAGCCCUUAAACAUGAGUACACAGUCUGUCGGGCUCUGUGAGAACUGACUUCCAAAUGUGGUGGCUCACAGGGUUGGACUCAUGGGGAAUCCCUCAGAUGGCUUUAACGGGAAAACCAUUGCCAUGUCCAUCACUAACUUCUGGGCUGAGGUCACUCUGGUGGAGAGCCAGACUUUGGUAACACCCACAUAAAAGAUGCAGCUCUUCAUCCAGUAAAUACAUAAGAAAAAGUCAUGUGACUGCUUUUCUCUGACUUUGCAGGUUUUGGUCCCUCAUCCUCUCAAUGAUCCCACAGAGUUUGGAAGUUUACAGGAUCUGUUUUGUAUCAGCAGGAAGGAAGGGUGUGUACCACCGACUUUGUAUAAAGAUGAAAGAUGUUGUGUUGUUCAUCAAUCACUCUUCAUCUCACUAAAAGAAGUAAAAUUCUCAGAUGUGUUUAUCCUUUAAAUAUGUUCAGUUUUUGAUCCACUGUAGGUACUUAGGAGGUCUUCGGCUGCUGCAGGCCACCUGCAAGAAGUUCUACCAGUUCUGCUCCAAACAAGGGUAAGAUAAAAACCUAAUAUUAGUGCUUCUGGGAAUUUGGCUUGAAAACACCUCUGCAAUUCCUGAAGCUCAGUGUGUGUGUGUGUGUGUGUGUGUGUGUGUGUGUGUGUGUGUGUGUGUGUGUGUGUGUGUGUGUGUGUGUGUGUGUUGAUGCAGUAUUGCUCUGACAAAGCAAAACUUCACACUAAAGUACGACACCAACAUCCCCCGUCAAGUGGUGAGGAUCCACUUUGACACUUGUUAAUCAUUCAUACAUGAAAAAAUAACAUCUUAUUUUAUGAAAUGUAUUAAAUACACGUCUUUUUAUUCCCUGUCUUCAUGAAGGGCCUGGCUGGCAGCAGGUAAACAGUUGUUUUUGUAUGAUGUCUCAUCUGUAUAAUCCAGUGUUUCAGCUGCUUUUCUCAAUCUCUCCUGUUUUUUUUUCCCCACAGUGCCAUCGUUUCAGCCACUCUAAAGUGUCUAAUGAAAUUCUACAACAUCACUGACAAUGUAAGGACUGUAGAUAUGCAGUAUGUUACAUGAGGGUUAUAUUUUAAUAUUAUCAAGCUUAAGUUAUAGUAGAAGCAUGAAAUUCCCCUCUUCAGAAGCAGCAUCUUCCAGAUUGAAAUUGAGCUAAUGGGGGGGGGGGGGGGAGUAUAAAAAACUGCAGUUCCUCAAGGGUCCACUAGAGGCUGACUCCAAACAAUAAACUUCAUUUGGUCCAAUACUGAAAUCUUAAUUUUGACAGUAAAUACAUGAAUUAGUAAUGUUUUUCAUCAUGCACUUCAUUUUGCAUGUGCCUUUAUCUCAUUUAUUGUGGUCAUAUCAGGGGUAAGAUUUAUUUACAAGAUGUUGUAAUUGAGCUGUGGCAAUUUCUGGGAGUUUGCCAGGAGGCUCAGACCCACCUCUGCUCCACCUCUUUGCAGGAGUUACAUAGAAACAGCGUCCCAACUGCACUUAAUCCAGUGGUUCUCAAGUCCAGUCCUCGAGCCCUCACUGUCCUGCAUGUUUUGGAUGUUUCACUGUUCCAACACACCUGAUUCAAAUGAUCUGCUCGUUACCAAGCUCUGUAAUGGCUUAGUAACGAGCUUAUCAUUUGAAUCAGGUGUGUUGGAGCAGGGAAACAUCCAAAACAUGCAGGACAGGGGGGGCUCGAGGACUGGAUUGAGAACCACUGACUUAAUCCAAGUCACACACAGGCCCCCUGUUUGUUACAAAAGUAGUGAAGUCAAAGUAAUAUUGACAGACCUUAUGCACAGCUAUACUAUUUCCAGGUCAUUCAGAGUUGUGAAGAGUUUUAGUUGCAUCAAGGUUUGUAAAUACUCCAGGAAUAUUACCACCAGCUCUCAGCAGUCAGUAAAUAAUGGUUUGUGACUGGUGUUAGUGGAUUCGGUGUUUAUUCCAAAGAGACUUCUUUAUAUAUACAGUGUAUAUAUAUAUAGAGAGAGGAACAUUUUGCUCUAAAUAAAUGCACAAUGCUUAGUUUGAAUUCAAACAACACUGACCCACGCAGAUGUUAUUUGCUCAGCAGUGCAGUUUAGGAAGUAAUUAACAUCCUGAGCUUGUUCUGUGAAUUAGAUUAUGUCUUUUAGCUCUUUAUCAGAAGUUUAGUGAACACAAAACCCUUCUGGGAAUCCGACUACAGACAUUUAAGGCAAACACAGUUCUGCUUUGCUUCAUCAAAUAUCCUCUUUAUUGGGUAAAAAAUAAUGUUUAAAAUGGCUCAAAGCAAACCUCCUGCAUUCCCAUAUAUAUUUGAUUUUACUUUAGGAUCUCCCGAAGCCAAUCCGAGCCAACUUCAUCCUCAACGUGGAGACUGAUGAACUUUUCAUCACAGCUGGCCUGCAGGACAGAGUCGUACAGGUAACAGAGUUAAUAUCAACCAAGUCCUGCGCACUGUUAUCAAACCUAUUAUUAAUUUAACAGGCUUUGUAUAAGGACAUGUUUGUCUGUGCAGGUCUAUGAAGGCUUAGUCUACAUGGAUUUCAGUAAGAAGCUCAUGGACGAGCAGGGAUAUGGUAUUAAAUCUUUAUUAUUCUGCAGCAGAUGAGCAAGCACAAGUCUGUGAAAAUGUGUGAGUGUGUGGGGGUGUUUUACAUUUUCAGGAGACUAUGUUUCAAUGGACAUGAGUGAUCUCCCAUCCUUCUGGCUGGCUUACCUGAGCGACCCCAGUGACUCUGGACGAAUCCACAGCAACAUCAGACAGCGCUGGCUCAGUGGUAGGGCUUCAUACUAAACAUAAAGUCAACAUUCAUACUGUGAUUUCAGAUUCUCUCAGCUCAAAACUCCUCACAAGACCUUUAAAUGUUAACUCACAGGCUGUUUUAUUGAUCUUAUGUGUUGCUCUAUCUUCCCUCAGGAGAGCCUCUGGUGGUUGAAGCGAUGAAAACUUUUGCUCAACUCACUGAUCAAGCAAGGUUGGUUUUAUUUCCUGAAAGCUGCAACCAUGCAUAAAUGUGUGCAGCAUGUAGCAGUGAAUGUUGUGAAAUAAAAGCAAACAGUGGACAUAAAAGUGUAAGAUUGAUGUUCGUGAAAAGUGGACUCUGGUUUUACAGCACUGUUUCAAUGCAGAAGUUACUUUAUCUCAAUCAUAUUUGAAGACCAGCUACAACUCCUGUGGUUUACCUGAUGAGCUUGCGGUCUGACAUCUAGUCUCAGGUCCUCAAUGAAAGAACAAUGUGACUUUUGUUAAGUGUGGUCCAGGGUUUGUUGAAGUAGAACUAGACUGCAACCUACUUAUCAGACCAAACAAUGUGUGACAAAGGUCAAAAGAAUGAACUUUUCAGUGUGUGACCUUCUGGUUUCUUUCUCUAUUCCUGUCAAGAGGUCUUUGGUUUCUCAGGACUUAUAUUAGCUGCAUUUUUUCUGAUUAAACAUCUUUGCCAUGGCACUUCAGAUGUUUUAAAAAGAAAAAGAGCAACUGUCCCACUGACUGAAAAUGUCCUCUUCAGGGUGGCUCUACAGGACAGAGACUGGACCCGCUUGGCACAGCUAAUGGACCAGAAUUUUGAGCUAAGGAGGUAAACAGUACUUUUUAAUAUGAGGCUUUUAUAAAGCAGUCAUGCUUAUUGCUAAAGUACCAACAUGUCACACAGGACUGUCUACACUGAUGACUGUCUUGGCCCUGGCAAUCUCAAGAUGGUUCAGCUGGCGAAGCAGGUGGGUGAUGAGUGUUUGCACAACGUGCUAACAGUGAGGGAUGUUUUAUUUCACACUAUCUGCUCUGCGUCUGUGGAUACAUCCUAGAGACCCUUAAAAUCAGGUAUAUGCCCCCUGUAGGUCAAAGGUGCUGGAAGUUUAUGCACAGACCAUACCGAGUCACCAACUCCUCUGCAGAACAUUAUGCAGCCUGUACUAAGAGGUUCCAUUUUUACUACAGAAUUCAAACAGCCUCUAUCAUGGCUGAGUCCUCCACACUUGAGGAUCAUUUUACUUAUUCAUAAAUCUUCCAAAUGUAAAAAGACAAGUGAAGGGGGCAUGGAUGUGAAUAGCUCUGUGUGUGGUUUUCUGCUGAUGCAGUUUUUCUGCUUCUUGCAGUUCGGUUCAGCGGUGAAGUUACCGGGCAGUGGAGGGGCUGUGGUGGGUCUGUGUCUGGAUAAUGACAGAUUGGUAAGAAUUUGUGACAUGGAACAAGAAGUUUUAAUGCUUCGACAGACACCUAAGUGAAAAUCAUGAGGUCAGCUUGAUUAGCACCAGAAUUAGCAUUCCACUCACUCAACUUAAACAAUCAAUCUCCAAUACCUGAAAGAGGGUAGGUCACCCAAGCAGCUGAAGAAACAGCUCUGAGACUAUCAACAACAAGAUUUACACAGCAGUUAUUCAACAACACAUUACUUGCACAUGUAAAGGACAAGAUCAGCAGAGGGAUGAGAGGUAUCCUUUUGUCCACAUGGGGACAAAGCUUUAAAAAGCCCCAUCUCGGUAAAUUACAUUUAUGGAUCUGAAUUUUCAUGUAUUGAUAAAAAAACCCCUUCCAGACUUCAGACACCAGGUUAAGCCUUUACUUUGGCAUGUACACACCUUUCCUCAGUUUCUGAUUGGCUAGUAACUGCCGGUGCAGGCACAGCCAAAUGAUGUAUCAGCAAAACAAACAUGGCAGUGAUGAGUUUUGUCUUGAGGUAAUGAAAAAUUAUAAUUGAAGAUUUAGAUGGGAGAAAGCAUCCAAAUGCUGACUCAUGAGCUUGUUUCAUUGCUCCCUUGUCCUGUAAGGUGGCAUUGACAGGCUGACACCAGCCAGAGCUGAGGACAUGUUUCACAUUUGCAAUUACUCUGCUAAAGAUGAGAUUUAUAUAUCAUAUCUGCAACAGGAAGUUUGUAUGUAAUUGUGCAAUGAGCUGCAAUGGUCUCAUGUUCCUUUGAUUAAAAAAAAAUACCACACACAGUUUUCCUGCAAAAAACAAAACAGUUUACUCAGUGAUAUAAAUAAAUAGGAUUCUCUGUGUGCUUGUAAACCUGUUAUUCCUAAUUUGAUUUAAACUGGGAUGAAUCUAAAACCAGGUAAUAAAAUCAUUUUAUUUUGAUACCAAAAUUAUUCUGAUAAUGUAUUUUUUAUUGACUCUGAGACAGAGAGCAAAACAUUCUAUGCAGUUUUUGAAGACACACCUGUUUUAUGAAAUAAAUCAGUUGUUUGUUAGGUUUGUUGAUUCCAUAUAUGUGAUUCAGUUCCCUGCUACAUGAUGCAGUUUGUCUUUUACCCACUAGGUGGAGAUGAGGCAGGCUUUCCAGGAGGCAGGCUGUGUCUUCUGUGUCAUCACACCGUACAACCCAUCUGCCAGCACGGUCAGCGGCCAACACUGACUUCACAUCUCUGCAGGACUCAGUCAGGCUACAAGAGGACACAAGGAUGAUUCACAGCCAUCAAGAUUACAACACAAAGAGCCUCUCAGAGACCCUCAGUGUCAUCAUAGGAAUAAUAACAACAGAGAACCACAGAGUGAUCUGUGAUAUGAAAUUAUGAAGAAGCCACAAAAAAUCAGGUUUGCUGCUGCAGGAAUCAUCUCUUUUAAUGAAAGUUCAAAUCAUUGCUGACCAGAAUGACUAAACAAUGGGGUUCAAGCAUUUAAGUGACUUUUGGGACUUAAAUGAGGACAUUUUUUGUUCUGUGAGGUGUAACAUAUGUAUCAGA